AUGAAGCUCGCGGCCCAAGUUGCCUUGACGCUUGUUACCGUCGCGAAGCCACCCGCGGACUCCAAUGACCCCAUUUUGAACUGCAAAUUCGAGAGCAGUCAAGCACUCCACGCCCUACUUUUCGGCACGCCCAACAAAGCUCUUCAGCUUGCAGACUCCAAGCUACGCGUUUUCCCUUUCAAAGAUGUCGACGUCUGCUGGCGUCGCCUCUACACGGACGCGUCCCUCGUCAAGGCGUGCUACAUCAUCAUCCGCCAAUGCGACCUGAGUCAGCUGCCCCUCGACGACACUCUCGACGUGUCUCGACUGAGCCAAGAGCUCAGGGACAAGGAUGUUCAAAUCGAUGUGCGUGUCGCCUGGCUGACAGAGGUUAUUCACAUCCUCGACAACGCGUGGAUCAUGACCGGUGUGCCGAGGCGCGAGCACACCAUCGAUUCCCUGUUGUCGGCGCUGCAGGAGGCCUCCAAUAUGGACAGCGAGCUUCGUGACGAUCCCGAUCUAUGCAACCAGCCUCCCUCGAAGCGUAUGAAGUUCUCAGCGCCUCUCUUCCCUCCGAACGCCCUCCCUGAACCUCGCAUCCAGCAUCCGGUAACCCGCGCAUCAUCGCCGACCUUCGAAUUCAUGGAGAAGCAUAUUCAGGACAUUCGCACGCCGCUCGUCAUUGAGAACCACGUGGACCAUUGGGAAGCCAUGUCCACGCGCCCCUGGGCGUCGCGGGACUACUGGUGGAAGCGCACCUUUGGCGGCCAUAGGUAUGUUCCCGUCGAGGUGGGCAGGUCCUACACCGAUGAAGGAUGGGGCCAGCAGAUUAUGAGCUUCAAGAAAUUCAUCGACCGCUACAUUUGGCAGGGGGAAUCGAACUCGGGCAACGAUGAAGAUGAUUCCAAGGAAGAGGAUAGAGGCACGGGCUACAUGGCACAGCAUGACCUGCUUGCCCAGCUUCCUGCCCUGCGAAGAGAUAUCUGCAUUCCGGAUUUCUGCUACAUUACUCCUCCGGAGCCGGAGCCGGGCACGCCGGUGUAUCUAGCCAAGCAGCGAGAACGCAUGGAGGCCUUGUUGAAGCCCAUUGAGGGAUCUUCCCAGUCAAAUGCGGCCAUUUCCCAGGAAUCUGAGAUGUCCUCCCCGUCUCAUGACUAUCACGAUUCCGUUGACGAUUCCAAAUGGGACUGUCAAUCGGAUACAAGCUCCCAAACUGCCAGCCAGCCAAUCAUCAACACUUGGAUCGGCCCUACAUGGACCAUUUCCCCGCUCCAUCACGAUCCCUAUCACAAUAUUCUCGUGCAGGUCGUGGGAACCAAGUACAUCAGACUCUACUCCCCGCACACUCCGGCAUCAAAGAUUCACCCCCGAGGCAAGGAACUGGUUCCCUCCGGCGACCCGGCAGAGGGAGCCCCCGACAAGAACGGAAAGCUCAUCGACAUGUCCAAUACCUCCGAGGUGGACCUUGCUUCCAUCGAGCUAUCCCCCGCCGAAGCUGAGACCUGGGAGGAGAAGUGGCCUGGCUUUAUGGACGCGGAAUAUGUCGAGACUGUUUUGCACGAAGGCGAGUGUUUGUACAUUCCCGUUGGAUGGUGGCACUAUGUGCGUGGUCUGCGGGCUGGUAUUAGCGUGAGCUUCUGGUAUGAACGACAGGAGGUCUGA